CCCCAAUAUUAUGAACAAUAUGUAAUUGUUUGAUUCACACCAACUAUUUAAUCAUUCUUAACUUUCACUACAUUGGGAACAUUGGAGUUUGUUAUCAGUAACUGAUUUGCUUAGUCUUUAAGGAUUUCUAGCACUCCUCUUUAUUUGAAUGUUGUGCAAGCUUCCUAUGGGGAGUCAGAAAGAGGGAAAAUCUUCUGACACCAAAAUGGUAUUUUGGACUUUUGCUUGUCAUUCUUGUGAGUGCAGUGAAUGAUUAGUUUGUAGAACCUUCUGUCAUACUGUCUGGAGUGGCUCACAACUCUGAGUGCCUAUCUCAGGACCAACUGCCAGAAAACAGGGCAGAUUUCCCAAGCUGGUGGUGUGUUCUAUAAUUAGAGUUCACCACACCAGUAACAAAUGUAAACUCCUGGAUCAUUAUACCAGUCUUAAAUUGGAAAGUCUAAGGCCUGGUCUACACUACGGGUUUAGGUCGACUUUAGCAGCGUUAAAUCGAAUUAAGCCUGGACACGUCCACACAACAAAGCCCUUUCUUUCGACUUAAAGGGUCCUUUAAACCGGUUUCUUUACACCACCUCCGACGAGGGGAUUAGCGAUAAAAUCGGCCUUUGCGGGUUGGAAUUGGGGUAGUGUGGACGGAAUUCGACGUUAUUGGCCUCCGGGAGCUAUCCCACAGUGCUUCAUUGUGACCGCUCUGGACAGCACUCUCAACUCAGAUGCACUGACCAGGUAGACAGGAAAAGACCCGCGAACGUUUGAAUUUCAUUUCCUGUUUGCUCAGCGUGGAGAGCACAGGUGACCACGCAGAGCUCAUCAGCACAGGUAACCGUGAUGGAGUCCCAGGAUCGCAAAAGAGCUCCAGCAUGGACCGAACGGGAGGUACGGGAUCUGCUCGCCAUAUGAGGAGAUGAAGCAGUGCUAGCUGAACUCCGUAGCAGUAAAAGAAAUGGCAAAGUAUUAGAAAAGGUCUCCAAGGCCAUGAAGGACCGAGGCCAUAACAGGGACACACAGCAGUGCCGGGUGAAAAUUAAGGAGCUACGGCAAGCUUACCAUAAAGCCAGAGAAGCAAACGGAAGGUCCGGGGCAGAGCCGCAAACUUGCCGCUUCUACGCAGAGCUGCAUGCCAUUCUAGGGGGUGCAGCCACCACUACCCCAACCGUGUGCUAUGACUCCAUCAAUGGAGAAACACACAGGGAAGACGGUUCGGGGAACGAGGAAGAUGAGGAUGGAGGUACUGUAGGUAGUUCACAGCAGCAAGGAAGCGGAGAAACCGGUUUCCCCAACAGCCAGGAUAUGUUUGUGACCCUGGACCUGGAACCAGUAACCCCCAAACUCACACAGGAGACCUCUGCUGCAAAUGUUUCUCCUUCGCAGAGGCUAGUGAACAUUAGAAAGAGAAAACGUAGGACGUGGGACGAUAUGUUCACGGAGCUGCAGAUGUCCUCCCACGCUGAUAGAGCACAGCAGAAUGCGUGGAGGCAGUCAAUGUUGGACAUGAGAAAAGCACAAUAUGAACGAGAGGAGAGGUGGCGGGCUGAAUGGCGGGAUGAAAAGAGCAAGUGGCGGGCUGAAGACGAUAGGUGGCGUCAGCUUGCAGACAGACGGCAAGAGUCAAUGCUCCAUCUGCUGGAGCAUCAAACUGAUAUGCUCGAGCGUAUGGUUGAGCUGCAGGAAAGGCAGCAGGAGCAGAGACCGCCGCUACAGCCCCUGUUUAACCAACAGCCCUCCUCCCCAAGUUCCAUAGCCUCCUCACCCAGACGCCCAAGAACACGGUGGGGGGGCCUCCGUCCACCCAGUCACUCCACCCCAGAUGAUCGCCCAAGCAUCAGAAGGCUGGCCUUCAAUAAGAGUUAAAGUUUUAAAAUGCAGUGUGUCCUUUUCCAUCCCUCCUCCCCCACCCAUCCCAGGCUACCUUGGCAAUUAUCCCCCUACUUCUGUGAGGAACUAAUAAAGAAUGUAUGAAUGUG